UAAGCAACGAUUCAAUAAUUGACAAGUGGGUUUGGAUGGGUUUAUAAAUAACUGGGGUUGCAGAGGGAAGUGAGAAUAAGAGAGGGGUAUUUGUUUGAGCUGCGGUGGUUUUUGAGAUGGCAGGGUCGUCAGAGAAACAAGUGGUGGUGAUAGGAAUAGAUGAUAGUGAACAGAGCACGUACGCUCUCAAGUGGACCCUUGAUCACUUCUUUCCGAGCCCAAUUUUCAAGCUGGUUCUCGUCCACUCCAGGCCUACCGCCACUUCUGCUGUGGGUCUCGCUGGACCUGUGUAUGUAGGUGCCGCUGAGAUAUUGCCUAUUGUAGAUUCCGAUUUGAGAAAGAUUGCCGCCAGAGUCGUUGAUUCCGCUAAACAACUUUGCAUCGAAAAAUCUGUAGAGGAUGUCACAGCAGAGGUGGUGGAAGGUGAUCCUAGAAAUGUUCUUUGUGAUGCUGUGGAAAAGUAUCGUGCAGCAAUAUUGGUUGUGGGUAGUCACGGUUAUGGAGCUAUAAAAAGGGCUGUUUUAGGGAGUGUGAGUGACUAUUGUGCUCAUCAUGCUCACUGCACGGUGAUGAUAGUGAAGAAGCCAAAAAUCAAACAUUGAUCUACAUUGCCUGUGUCUGUGAUACAACAAUAAACAUAAUACUUACAGACAAAGGAAAAAUGAUAAUACUCACUGAAUUUCGGAGCUGUGCUUCUUCUAUGACUAUGUCAUACUUGUUCUUAUGAUGUAAUAGACUUUACUACUAAAGAUUGAAAUCAUAAAAUACUUCCGCUUUGUUUUGUACACAAUAAGUUAUUGAAGUAAAUAUGUUUCAUUAGUUCUUUCCUGGGCUACUAGCUUGAAAGUUUCUAUGAGCAAUUUGGUUUUGUUUAUUUCUUGAUCAGUGGAGGGAUCGUGAUCGGGAUGUGAGGAUUUUGGGACAGUAGAUGUACUUGUGAAUUCUGAUAUAUGCAAAUGGAGAUAGCAAAAUUGGUUCAAUUUA